UUUAUAAAAAAUCGUAUAUAUUGGGAAAUCUCCCCUUGCCACACAACGCAGGAACAAGCUCUCCAUUGCGUCUUUUAUUUUUGUAAUAUUCAGUUCGUCGAGUCAGUUGCGAAUCGUUCGCCUUACGUGUUCUGCCGCGGAUAGUUCUCUUUUACGUGCAUAGAUUACCCACAGUGAGAAACUUCUCAACGUAUUCUGCUUUUGCACGGAUUUGUAGACUUCGGUUUGUGUUUAUGCGAGCGCGUGGGGAAUCAGAAAGGAAAUCGAACCAAAAGAAAGGCAGAGAAAGGCGAUCAGCUGUUCUGACGUCAUCAAACAAGUUUUCUCUCUUUUUGAACUAGAGAACCAAAAAACAGCAAGCAAGACGGAUUCAGCCCGUGAUCUUCCAUCAGAAAAAUUUAAAAUACAUUUUCCAGCUUAUUAAGAGAAAAAUAAUUGGUAAAAAUACGCAAGAUUUGUUUGAUUUUGAUUAGUAGCUUCGCUCGAAUUAAAAGCAAAAGGCAACGUCGCCGACGCGAGAAAAGGAAGGGAAAAAACUUUUCCCUUUUUUCCCAGCUGGUUCAUCACAUCCCCAUCUCGAGCGCCCUCACUCUUUCUGUUCACUAAACUACGUGCACUACGCCUUUUCUCCUCCUCUUUGCAAGCUCUGGUUUUUCUUUGUUCCAUUUUCGUCAUUUCUACAACUUACAGGUUAGACAGCUUUCUCAUCUUCAGCUGAGUGGCUCUGCAGUUUUGUAAUCUGCAAAGAGUUGAAACAGACAACCUCAGAACCUCUCAUCCUAAAAAUAUGGAACAGGAAUCCAACAUGCAAGCUCCUCCAACCCUUUGCAGAUCAGGUUGUGGCUUCUAUGGAAAUCCUGCCACUGAUGGGAUGUGUUCAGUGUGUUUCAAAGAGGCUGUAAAAAAGAAGCAGCAGCAACCCCCUUCUCCAACUAGCAACAGCAGCCAGAAUACAACUAGCCCUGGCCGUAGCAGCCCCACUUCCAUAACCGCUGUGGCCUCUAAUAGCUCAACAUCCUUGAUCACAACAGGAACCUCCCUUCCUGUUGCAUCACCCGCAAUACCUGUACCUUCCUCUGAAAACAAAGAAAUUGGGGCAGCCACUUCCACCCUAUCUGCUGCAACCAGUAGUAGCAGUCUGAGCAGUUCAGUAGCUGAAGGAGACAGUGAUGCUGCAGAAGCCCUGGAUAAAGAUGGAAAGAAGAAGAAAAACCGUUGUGCUACUUGUCGUAAGAAGGUUGGAUUAACAGGUUUCGAAUGCCGUUGCGGAGGCCUUUACUGUUCUGUGCAUCGAUAUUCAGACAAACAUGAAUGCUCGUUUAAUUAUCGUGAACUUGGAGCAGAAGAAAUCCGCCGAAACAAUCCGGUAGUGGUUGGACAGAAAAUUCAGAAAAUUUGAGGCACCACGUUUGACUAUUUGUCCUAUACCACCAUCAAUCCUCCAUGUCCUCUUCAUUAACCAAUUUUUUUUAAUUAUUUUUUAAUACCAAGUAAAGAAAUUCGUUUUUUUUUUUUAUUAUUAUUUUUUUUUCUUUUGUGCUGCACAUAGUUCCGUUGUUAUACUGGAAGAGGGUUGCUUAUGAAAGCUAAUUUAGAGCAUCUUUCACUUCUAUUGUACAAAUUUAGGACAAAAUAACUUGGCUUAUUCCGUUCAACUUCAUUUGUUUUCCUUUUUUCAUCGCUACGUCUUUCCUACACUUUUGCAGGGGGUUGAGACAACAGUUUUGAAAUCAGUCUUCAACAUCUUGGUCAAUGACUUGGGUAGAGUACUCCCCCCUUCUCCUCCCCUAAAUUUACUUAAAUCCACCCACUUUUCAGUCUUUUUUUGGUUUCUUUAUUGCGUUUGUAUCACCCCGGAAUAUAUUCGAUCCCGAUCUUAUUAUUUUUCCUUCUCUCCGUUUGAGUUUAAGAGUAUAAUUGGGUAUCACAAAAUUUUUAACAUUCAUAGGGACGAAAUGGGAGUUUUUCAACAGAAAAAUGUGUUUGUAUGUUGCUAGUGUUGCGUCGCUUUUUGACUAAGGAAAUGUUAAUGCACUUCCAUUUAACCACAUUUUUAAACAUCGUAAAUGGGAUUGAACUUAUCCAUCGUGUGUGUGUAUGCGUUCGAGUGUGUGUGGUGUGUAUGUAUCUACCAAAGCAGAAGCAGCACUUUCUACCGGAGUAGAAUGAGAAUUAGAUCGCAAUCAAUAGUUGAUUCUUCAUUUCACCCCUCUUAUUUCCUGUGCUGUGGAUAUUUCGCUUCGUUGUAUUGUACUACCGUUUUCUCCCUGCAGUUGUAUUUCGGAAGUGAUUCAAUGAUAAUACACUAGUUUUUCUUGUCA